CCCUAAGGGUGCUUGGAUUGAAAGAUGAAAAGAGUACUGUGACAAUAUUGCCAUACCCACUACCUACCUAUACAUACACAUCUAGUUUAUCUAUAAGAUAAAGAAAGCACGCAAGUAAAACUCACCUACUUUUUUUCUUCUUGAUAUCUUCGCCUUGAGCAUCCACCAUUGUUGUCCCCUACUCACCGGAAAAAAAAAUCGCUAUCGUAUGGCCACCACUGGUUCGCAAAGCCGGAGAAUCGCAAACCGAUUCAUCACUCAGAUCCGUAGUACUGUUAUUCCAAAUCUCAUUCUCAGGAGGGGGUUGCAUGUAUCUUACGAUAAGAACAUAGAUGAUCAGGUCCGUCCAUCAGUGGUCCCAGAAGAAGCGGUUACCCGAACGGAACCAGAAAAGUACUGGGCACCACACCCAAAGACCGGGGUGUUUGGGCCAGCAGAUGAGCAAAAGCCAGGUGGCUCUGAGCCAGCAGCAAAGGAUGGUUCGGUGUUGGAGGAAAAGACUUUUUUCCGUCCACUUGAGAACUUGGAUAAACCGACUCCCUCGUGAGCCGGAACUGAUCAGUAAGGUUUGGUGAUAGUAUGUUACAUAUAUGUGCAGUGAGAAAUAAAAAUUGUGGUUGUGUAGCAGUAAGGAUUUCGUUAUGGUAUGUGGGACGUAAACAUGUCGUUAUGUAGCAUGAAUUAUAGACAUAUGCAUGCAUGCUUUUAUUGUUUGAUAUAUACAUGUUUUGUAAAGCUGUUGAAAAAGCUAA